CUCGCCGUCUUCAGCACCGUCAUCCGUCACCACUAACUUUACCUACACUCCAUCGUCAUGAACAAAGAUUACUACGGCGGCGGACAACAGCAGGGCUAUCCCCAGCAGCAGGGCCAAUAUUAUCCUCCCCAAGGUCCUCCACCAGGUGGGCAGGGAUACUACCCCCAACAGCCUCAGCAGGCAUAUGGUGGAUACGGUGGCCAGCCAGGCUACCAGCCCCAACCUCCACCGCAAACAGUUUACGUUCAGCAGCCCCAGCAGAAGGAUAGUGGAGGAGGAGGAACAUGUACUGCCUGUCUCGCUGGUAUCUGUUUCUGUUGCUGCGCUGAAGAGCUCUGCGAAUGCUUGUUCUAAACACGUCCUGCUCUCUCGGAGAGAUGCCUCCCACGAUGCCCAUGGUUGACGAACACCGAUGUUGACCUGACAACGAACAGCACGCCUUUCUCGCCUGUACUCCCUUUCCUUUCUAUCCGUCGUCUUCAGCUAUUGCCGUUUUAUUUCACUCGUGGACUCUGUCAGUGUCCGGGUUUCUUCUAUUGUGUCCUAUCAUUACCUUUCUCCUCAGUAUCGGCUUGCGGCCUCUUUGUAUUCGCUUAGGUGCCUAUAUUCUAUGUGACCGUUCUUGGAUGUCGUGCAUAGACUCCUACCAUGUCUAUGAUUCUCGCCUUGCUGUUUCACGUAUGGAUGCCCAAUGGGGUGCUUCUGCAAAUAUUUAUCUCGUUUUA